CCCUGGGAGUCGUGAGGGGACCAAGCCCCAGGCCUCGGGCAGGGUGGGAUGAAUCCCACUCCGGAACAAAGGAGGGGCAGGAUCCAGUAACCACAGGCUUCCUGGCCAGUAAGCCAACAUACAAGAAAGUCCGCACCAUCUCCUGUUCUGCCCCCUUCUGCCAUGGGAGGGCCUGACGAGGAGAACGCUGUCUGGUGCCACCGGGUGCCUGAGGUCCAGAAACAUCAGCGAGAGUUCUGGGUCCCUGAGAUGAGCUGGGCCCUACAGUGGGUAACGUGGUGGGGUGCAGGGCCUCCGGGUGGCUGCCCGGAAGGGCGCCAACCCCACAAGGACCAGGACUCCGGCCGUGGCUCGGCUCCCUCAGGCUGGACUUGAACCUGUGGAACACCGAGUCUGCGGCAGGGACACGGAAGCUGGUGCGCAUGCGCCUGGGGCCGGGCUGGUCCCCGGCGCGUGCGCACGCGCGCUGUUGUCCCCGCCCAGCAUUCCGGGCGCCGGCGGGGCGUGUGACGUCAGGUGGUUUAAUCCGGAAACGGCGGCGACCGCCGACGCGACAGAACCGAGGGUCUGUUGGUGGGCGCUCCGGGGCUCCCAGCGAGAAGAGCGUGACCCGGAAACGGAAGCGAGUCCCUGUCGCAACUCCGUCCUGCCGGUGGGCUCCUGCGGCCAUGGACCUGCUAUUUGGGCGCCGGAAGACGCCGGAGGAGCUGCUGCGGCAGAACCAGCGCGCCCUGAACCGCGCCAUGCGAGAGCUGGACCGUGAGCGACAGAAGCUAGAGACCCAGGAGAAGAAAAUCAUUGCAGACAUCAAGAAAAUGGCCAAGCAGGGCCAGAUGGACGCUGUGCGUAUCAUGGCAAGAGACCUGGUGCGCACAAGGCGGUACGUGCGCAAGUUUGUGUUGAUGCGGGCCAACAUCCAAGCUGUGUCCCUCAAGAUCCAGACACUCAAGUCUAACAACUCAAUGGCACAAGCCAUGAAGGGCGUCACCAAGGCCAUGGGCACCAUGAACAGACAGCUGAAGUUGCCCCAGAUCCAGAAGAUCAUGAUGGAGUUCGAGCGGCAGGCGGAGAUUAUGGACAUGAAGGAGGAGAUGAUGAACGAUGCCAUUGACGAUGCCAUGGGUGACGAGGACGAUGAAGAGGAGAGUGACGCUGUUGUAGCCCAGGUCCUGGACGAGCUGGGGUUGAGCCUGACCGAUGAGCUGUCAAACCUCCCCUCCACUGGAGGCUCCCUCAGUGUGGCUGCCAGUGGAAAGAAAGCAGAGGCUGCAGCCUCCGCCCUAGUCGAUGCAGACGCAGACCUGGAGGAGCGGCUCAAGAACCUUCGAAGGGACUGACUGCACACACGACACACCCCCGUGCCACCCUAGGGAGCCAGCGGAGGGCCCAGCAUUUUCAUUGUACCUUCUGCAAUAAAAGAAGUUGGCCACUA